CUGCAUUUAGGCUCCUACACAGCCUGAGGCCUCUGUCAGGACCAAAAAGCGUGAGGCCCACGUCCGAACUGAGCAGCCUGAGGCCCCUGUUCGGGCAGAACAGACAGAGGCCCCUGUCCAGCCCAAGCAGCAUGUGUCCACUAGCCAGCCUAGCGAGCCCCCAUCCACAACCGUGACUCCCCUGUGGAGCUAGAGGGUUGGGUGCGUCUGUGGGAAAACCCCAAUGGCAUCCCAAAUGUCGACAUUUCCUGGCUCAAAGAGGACACAGAAAGAGGACUGUUCACCCCUGUACAAAUCUAUAAGGACAACACUGGUCUGUUCAAGAGGCGACGGGUGAUGAAGUCAGACCGCAUGUGGUUUUACCCACCAGAACCUCCAGGCUGUGUUGGGGGUGCUCUGCUAACUCCACAGCUCUUUUCCCGGAGCUGUGUCUUUGUGUGGUGCCCUGUUGGAGUGUGGAGGUACUCUCUGAAGUGUCCUCGAGGUGAUGAGUGUGUGGGCAGAGGGCGGAAAGUGCACCUCUACAAGUUUGGCUACCAUUCACGGGUAUGUCACACCUGUGAUGUGUCCAGCUGGUACACAGCGCUCACUGAUGUCCUGUGCUGCGGACCAUGCACAAAAGCAGCAAGGAGCGGAGAAGGUGGCACCGUUGGUUGUUGGCUUGCAUGGGAUCCCGCUAAUUUAUCUCAACUUAGCGAGGCGCAUCAAGCUGUGUUCCCUGCCAUCCUCACCAGCAAGAAUGUUGUGCGCCUUCUGAGGGACCGGACUGAAGGGAACACUAUGGUCAAGGUGUGGCAGCAGAUACAGGAGAACCACGUUGAGGAGUACCUUCAACGUAAGGACAUGUGCACCACGCUCCUUAUGACCGUAGCGCAACCCGGAGGGAUUGUCUCUGCGUUUAGGCACACGUUCCAGGCUCCACCUCCUCCAAGGGAGCUUCCCUCUGCUCGGCUCUUGCGACACGCCUUCCUGCUGGCAGAGGCCAACAAUGUGCAGGAUUACCGGAGCCAGAUCCUGUCCACUUUUGGCACUGUGCUGAAAAUGGAUUCGACCAAGAAAGUGGUGAAGAAGCUGUCUGGGGAGGGUCAAGGCUCCGCUGAGUGUUCACCAGCAUCGGAAACGAGCACUCCCAAAUAGUUUAGUUUGUGCUGACCUGUGAGGAGUCCACUAAGUAGCUGGAACCGAUGUGCCGUGGAAUCGUGGAAAGAUUCCGACUAGCCAAUCAGCCUGUGCCCAAAAUCUUGUAUGUGGACCGUGGGUGUUGCCGUGCGCAGGGCCCGACAGGGGUGGAGACUUUGUUCCAGCCAUGGAUGGACAAUGGGAUGGUUGUGCGUCUGGACAUCUUCCACUGGAUCCACCGGUUUGACGCAGCCAUACGCACAGAGUCUCACUCCAAGUACGCUUUUUUCAAGUCUGCUGUAGCUGGGGCCGUGCUGGCCUACAACCGCACUGACCUGGAGCUGCUCAUCAAGGCCGUCAGAGCCAAGGAUCCGACAACGCUGAAGUCUGUCUCAGAUGAGGAUGUUGUCCGCCACUACAUUUCCAGGGAGCAGCUCAAACACCAUGUGCGGAGGGUCACACUCGGGGCUCAGGAAACAUUCCGGCUCAUCCAGCAGGCUAUUCAAGAUCAUAUGCAAAAAAAAAGUUGAUAGAGAUAGUGUAGCAAACAAGGUGAACAUAACACUGUAUGUAUGUAUGUGUAUUCACAGAGGCCAUUAAUGAGAUGUGGGCAGGUCAGCAGCAACACCUGGAGUGCAUCCAGGAUCCACCAGACAUGAACAUGUACAGGGUGGCGCACACCACAACCAUCAACAAUGUGGAUGUGCCGUACUACAAAUGUCGUGGAAGCAACAGCCUGGAAGGAUUCCACAAAUCUCUGCCUCACAUGAUUCCAGGACAUUGUCAGUGAUGGACUUGGUCCAGAGGAAGAGGUGGUUCAGCCUGGGCAGCCUGAUCCAGAUCCAGAGGCAGACGAGGCAUACCAGAGCGAUGCGGAGGCACGUGACGAUGUGCUUGAUGCCGUCCUGUCCCACAUUACGCUCACCAGCAAUGAAACCUCCAGUGUUCUUUCUCCGGCCUUUGAGGAUGCCUGCAGUCCAAACCCUCUUCCUGGCUUUCAAAAGUUGGAAAAGUUCUGCUCUGUGCUGGUGGAGAUUGGCCUUACAGAGGAUAAGCUGUCACUUACCACUGAGCAGAGGAACAAGGUCAUUGAAGUCUAGAAUGCAGUGGAGGAGCAUGACAAGCAGCCUCAGCGGUUCAACCAGCUGUACAGAACCCACUGGGGCAACACCCUCUACUGAAAAAAGGGAUGAUCUUGUUGAUGCUGCUGUGAUACAGAGGGUAAAGAUGGCCAUCCAUAAUGCCUGCCCCCUCAUCGCUGCCCAUAAUGCCUUCAACCUCCACGCGGCCCAUAAUGCCGGCUAGUCAAGCAGCCUCAGGGAUUGCUGGUCCACCUACAUCAGUCACUCCAACUCUCCCCAGAGUACCCACUACUCAAGUGAAGGAAUACCCUGCAGAA